UUUCGGUUUUCUCCUCUCUCCUGCACUUUUCUGCUUUCGUUAGCGUCCAAAUAACGAGUUUUGAUUGGUAUUGUCUUGGGGAAAUGUCUUCAUUUUCCUUUCUUGUUGCUAUAAGAUAGCACUGCUGUUUGAAUUUCCCGUGAUUGGGAACUGGUAUCGUUUUUUCCCCUUUUCACGGUUCCCUUUAGUUGCUGUCCCUGAAAACUUUUCGAUUUUUUGAUUGGUCGGUACCUGGUGAAUCAGAGUUUGAGUUGGAGAUUUUCCGGUUUGGCCCUGUUGAACAGAAUGAGUAUCAGUGAUAUGGUUUUGCAAUUCUCCUCCAGGGUGCGAUUACUUCCAACGUUCGAUCAUGGUGAUUGUUGUAGAAGUUUGGGGUUCUCAGGUGCAUCCAAGCAAUUAUUAAGUUUCAGAAGGGAAAGGGAUUUGCGGAAACCAGGCUUUCUGAGACAGUCAUGGGAUUUCCAUGGAAAAUUUGGUAGGAAUUCGUCGAUAUGCUGGUGCCAACGAACCGACAGUGUGAGCGAGCUUCUUGGAUUGGGAGGAAACGGCUCCUUGCUUCCAGAGAUUACCGAACCGGGGAAAGCUACACGUGAAGAGGUGAAGGAGAAGAGAUUGGUCACCAAUGGAUCGUCCGCGAUUCGUGAAGAAGCGAAGGAGAAGGUAUCGGUCACCAAUGGAUCGCCAUUAGCUUCCGCAGGUUUUUACAAGGAAACGACUACUGAAGACGAGGCAUGGGAGCUUCUGCAAGCGGCAGUCGUCUAUUACUGCGGAAGUCCCGUCGGGACUAUUGCAGCUAACGAUCCUACUGAUCCCAAUAUCCUAAAUUACGACCAGGUCUUCAUUCGCGACUUCAUUCCCUCAGGAAUCGCAUUUUUGUUGAAGGGGGACUAUGAUAUUGUUCGAAAUUUCCUCCUUCAUACGCUUCAGUUGCAGAGUUGGGAGAAGACCAUUGACUGUCAUAGCCCGGGCCAGGGUUUAAUGCCAGCAAGCUUUAAAGUGCGCACUGUGCCACUAGAUGGGGAAGAUGGUGCCACUGAAGAUGUAUUAGAUCCUGAUUUUGGAGAGGCGGCAAUAGGACGUGUUGCACCAGUUGAUUCUGGAUUAUGGUGGAUUAUAUUGUUAAGAGCUUAUGGGAAAUGUUCAGGAGACCUCUCAGUUCAAGAGCGAGUCGAUGUUCAAACAGGAAUUAAGAUGAUUUUGAAGCUCUGUCUUGCUGAUGGUUUUGAUAUGUUUCCGACAUUGUUGGUGACAGAUGGAUCGUGCAUGAUAGAUCGCCGUAUGGGGAUUCAUGGUCACCCUCUGGAAAUACAAGCACUAUUCUAUUCAGCUCUUCUCUGUGCCCGUGAAAUGCUUGCACCCGAGGAUGGUUCAGCUGACCUCGUUCGGGCACUGAAUAAUCGGCUUAUUGCAUUAUCCUUCCAUAUAAGAGAAUACUACUGGGUUGACAUGAAAAAACUCAAUGAGAUAUACCGUUACAAGACCGAGGAGUAUUCUUAUGAUGCUGUCAAUAAGUUCAAUAUCUAUCCAGAUCAGAUCCCACCUUGGCUAGUAGAGUGGAUGCCAGGUCGAGGUGGUUAUUUGAUUGGGAAUUUACAACCAGCUCAUAUGGAUUUCCGUUUCUUUUCUCUUGGAAACUUGUGGUCUGUAGUUUCUAGUUUAGCCACAAGCGAGCAGUCUGAAGCCAUACUCGACCUGAUCGAGGCAAAAUGGACUGACUUGGUUGCUGAGAUGCCAGUAAAGAUCUGUUACCCUGCACUUGAAGGUGAAGAAUGGAGAAUCAUCACUGGUAGUGAUCCAAAGAACACGCCAUGGUCCUAUCAUAAUGGUGGCUCUUGGCCAACAUUACUUUGGCAGCUCACUGUUGCAUGCAUAAAAAUGAAUAGAUUGGAGGUGGCAGCAAAGGCGGUUGAAGUUGCAGAGAGGCGAAUAUCAAGAGAUCGAUGGCCAGAAUACUAUGACACAAAGAAAGGGCGUCUGGUUGGGAAACAAGCACGCCUACAUCAGACAUGGUCUAUAGCUGGCCUUCUAGUGGCAAAGCUCUUAUUAAGAAACCCACAAGCGGCUAAGAUGCUUACAUGUGAAGAGGAUGCUGAAUUGGUGAGUGCUUUCUACUGCAUGCUUGAUGCCAACCCCAAGAGGAAACGGGGUCGUCGGAGGGCUAGCAAGAGCUACAUCGUCUGAGAGUUAAAACAAAAACAAGCAUAAAGGAUGAUCGCGAAUACUUAGUUGGAUGUUAUUGGUAGUAUGUUUAAAAAUGCAAGCAUAAAGGGUGAUCACGUAUAUUUAGAUGUUAUUUGUAGUAGGUUGCAUGAUUUGCCAUGUUGCAGAAGCGGUGGUCUUAAUGCUGAACCUCUUAUUAUCCCAAUGGUUCAGCUAAUUGGGCUCCUUCCAUUUCACCGAGGAGCUUCUUUGCCUUCCCGGCUUUCUCGCUCUCUUCAGUGUAUCAUUUCUAGCCAUAACUGUUGUAUACAUAACUUCAUGGUAUGUACCUCGAAUACCAUUCUUAAUGAAUUACUUGCUCCUUUA